UGGUAGUGUAUAUAUGUUUUGUGUGUUUUGUUUUGUAAGCUGCAUUGGCGGUUAUGCGUCAAGAUUGCUUUUUCAACUUUCAACCGUGUUUGAAUUCUACUACCUUUCUUUUUCUUUUUCAUACUCUUGUUUGUGCUUAUUACAUUACAAUACUUGAGCCGUUUGUGCAACGUAAAGCAGAAUUACUAACUUAAAAUGAGUCUGGUACAGGACGUCGAGAACUUCCGCAACUAUUUCCACUCGAAAGAAAAACGUAGACAAACUUUUACCUCCUGGGUUUUUGAAGACGAUGUGGAGUGCAAUGCUGAUGCGUUAGCUGAAGCAGGGUUCAUUUAUGUAGGCACCAAAGAUGAACCAGACAGCACACAAUGCUUUGUGUGCAAAAAGACACUAGAUGGUUGGGAAGCUGAAGAUAAUCCAUGGAGCGAGCAUUUAAAACAUCAGAAGGAUUGUCCAUUUGCAGCACUGCAGAAAUCUCAGUCGAAGCUGACUGUACAGGAAUAUAUUGAAGCAGAAACAGAAUGCCUCAAGAAAGUCAUCAACUCAGCUAGAGAGCAAGAUCUGAAAGAUCACCAAAAAUGGUAUAAAAUAUUAGUAUCACAAGAAAAGUAUGCAAUGCAAAAUAUGCUUACUGAAAGAUCUUCAAAAAUUAUUUGACAAAAUAUGAUUCUGAUAUAGGCAUAUAGUAUUUUUAUUUUUUAAUUGUUAUAGCGUUUUGAUACAAUUGUCCUAGGUAGUAUAGAUAUUAAAAAAAAGAAAUAAUAUUCAUGGUUUUAUUGAUGCCUAGCCAUGUUUCUAUAACUGUUUGUGACAACAUCUACAAAAUUGUAAAUCAUAGAAGAUGUAUUCUUACUUUGGAUUGGUAACUGAAAAGUUGUUGGCAUGGCUUUUUGUAAUAUUUCUUUAACCAUGUGUGGAGGUUUUAGGCAUACUGAAUAAUUUGGAUCAUUUUGGCAAUUUGACUCAUUUUUCCCACCUUUGGUCAGUUCAACUUUCCAAAAAAGGAACAUGUGCCUAACUCAGUUGAAGAUUGAGAAGUAACAGCAAUCAAAUUAGCUACAAAAUUAUUUAUCUCAUGAUGAAAAAAAUUAAAAGAGCUAGAGAAAGAAAUAUGAUGCAAGUCUCCAGUAGGUAUAGAUUUUUUCACUGAACUAAAAAUUGCAAAUAACUCUAGGAUAUAUGGUUGAAUUUAUAAUUGUAUGUGUUAUUGACAUUGCAUAUUUAAAAGAUAAGUUAGUACUUGUUUGUCAAAACAGCAAAAGUAUGUUAACUCAUGGUGUUAUUAUAUCUUCCAUAUACCAUUAGAAAUGUGCACUAUAAAAUACUACAGCCUCAGAUUUAUGCAAGGAACUGGCAACGACGCGUGUGACGUUAUUGCACAAUCUGUUGCACUCUGGAUAGCAGGGGACUGUACCUCUUUAGUGUAUAUGUUUUGUGAGCUGCAUGUUCCAUUCAAAACCAAGGAAGGAAUAUUCUUUAUUUAACAAUUGAAGGGGUGAGUGAAUGAAGGGGGUAUGUAGCAAAAAGUUGAUUUCGAGAUAUUUGGCCUGUAAAGUAUUUUUGCUGUUACUUUAAUGUAAAUUAGUUUAUUCAAAUACAGAGUACAUAAAGCUGUUAUGGGGAAAACAUUUUUUUCAUAUUGUAAAAAAGUGACAAUGUAUCGGAAAACAAAUACAAAAAAAACAUUUCUGUACAUACCUCCUUCUUCUAUCAAAGAUUUGCAAUAUUUUAACAUAUAUUAUUGCAUGGAAAGAGGUAUGUUUACUUAGCCCCUUCUUCCACAACAUUGACUCCACUUUUCAUCUAUUGAAGGAUAGCAUGGCUAGCUAUCACUCGGUUGAGUUAUUAGUUGUGUAGUGGAGAGGUGAGACGAGAAGGAGGACUUGCAGAUGAACACAUAGAAAUGGAAGGAUGCAAAAAAAUAUCAAUGCCUACAUAUAUAUCGUUGUAUCAAGAAAUUUAUUUAUAAGUACAUAUCAAGUUCUUAAGUUCUGGUUACUCGUUUAUGACCUUCUGAUAAAACCACUUGUGUUCGUUCGGAACAAAGCAGAGUUGUUCUUUUGAAUUAUUGCCUUUUUUUAUAAAGAUCCAGUCUUCCUAAAAAGCCUUGGGAUAUCAAAUUCUUGGGGAAGAGUAUCCAUGGACGUUAUACGUUUGUGGAUGUUAACCUGCUUGAAGGGAGUAAAGAAGUCAAAACUCUCCUUGUAAAGAUAAGAUCCAAAUUCAUCCACAUGAAUCCAUUUGAUCCCAUCUCUGAAAGGGACUUUUUCUUUCAAGUUAUUUUUUUUCCUGUUGACAAGUUUCAUUUUUUGUGGCAAGUCUUCCGUGUUUCUAAAAUGGUUUUCCAUGUUGAUUACUAAAUUUUUCUUGCUAGAUGUGGCGAUAACCUCCCGAUAUUGUUCAGGAGUACUUAUAGUUUGGUGCUUCCUCAAAUUCUUUUCUAUUCGACCAAAAUCACGAUCAGAAUCCAAGUAAGAGUGUCCGACCUCUGGGAACUUAUGAUCUAUUCUCUUAAAAUUACCUUUUUGAACCAGAUAUUGGAACAAACAAAUCAUUAAAAAAUGUUUGUUCUACCUAGCGCAAGAAUCUGUUGAUGAUUAAGUGGUCUUUCGGUUCAAGUGGACUUUCAACUUCUAUAGCUCUGAGAAGACAACUGAAAACCUCACUACUUCCUCUGGAAGCUAUAUCUUCCGUCCAAGUGCAAAAAAACUGAUUGGUCAACAUUUUUAGCUAUAAUAUGGAUACCCAGGUUAUAGAACCACAUUUGGCGUAGAUAAAAUGCCUGGAAAGUGCUUAACCGGGGCAAAGGCAUUGUUUGUUGCAAAUCCAUAGUGAUGUAUACAGUAUUGUUUGAGCUUCUAGCUUGCUCCCUGUCAACUCUCUGAACCUCAAAAGCUGCUUUGUAGUUUUCUACGUGUUCUUCAUUUGAGUCUCCCUUAUUACACGUGUCACUUUUUGGGUAGCCAAAUGAUAAAUUGAAUUUGUUGUUGAAGUGAAAGCGAUAUGUGCAUUCUUUGACCUUAAAUCGAUCACUGGCAUUUCCAUCAUUGCAUUUAUCAUGAUAAAGUUUGUGCAUGAUGGGAACUGACAACAGAGGAGAUAAGUACUUCUUGUGAAUGUUACAGUUUCUCGAAUAGUGUGAUUCUUCUGCAGGGAAAAUAGAUAUGUGCUGAAUAAUGUAAUCUUCAACAUCUGCAGGUACCUACGUAAUAUACGGUGAGGUUCAAAUUUGGCUGACGUCGUAAUGUGUACGAGAGAGAAGCGCAAGAAACGUGCAAUAUGUAUAUUAGAAAGAGCGCCGAUGGCGACGCGGCUAGCCGCAGCUGCGUUCGUUGCCUCGUCACUCGGGUUGCUAGGCAAAGAGGUACUUCCAUCUCUUUCUAACACACGUAUUGCAUGCUUCUCUCUGUCGUACACAUUAUGACGUUAGUGGUAGAUACAUGGAUUUCACUGAAUGUGCUAUAUGUACUGACAUUUUUUCAUUUCAUUUCAGUUUUUUAUCAAAUAAUUGACAUGAGAGUUUCAUACUCAUAGUAUAUAGAUCUACUUAUAGCCAUUUAAAUAUUAUCUGUUUCAGUUUAAGCUGAACUGUAUUUUAAUAUUAUAUUACUCCUUUUUGGUAACCAUAGUAAUUUUGUAUGUUUUCCAAUAAAUACAAUGAUUGGUGA